AUUUGGGUUUCGUCGGUAUUUCGUUUCUUGCCGCUUUUAAGUUUCGUCACUACGCAGAAAAGAUUUCGCCUAACACUAUAAUAAAGGCCCAAAGAGUUAUAAAAUGGUUAAAGCGGUCCGAGGAACAAUUGUUAAAUGCAGUUAAGCAAGUAAUUAUUAGUCUCGAUAAGAACGAAAAAGUCAUUAUUGAAGAUCUUGAUGACAAACAUCUUUUAAUUGAUUCAGCACGUGUUGAUUAUAUCAAGAAAGAAGUUGAGAAGUUGUUGGAAGAAAACACAUAUAAAUCAGAGUUAGACAGGACAUUAUAA